CAACUAUCCAGAGCUUAACACAGCUGCACCUUAUCUUUACUCCUACAUAAUUCUCAAGACAGUAACUCCAAAUUGGUAAUCUUAGCCCAAUUCAACGAUCUAUAAAUGACAAUAUUAUGUCAAUUCGAAUCAUCACAUCUUAGCCGUCGAAGAGAAAGCCUACAUCAUAAACAGAUGCGAAUUUGAACACGUUUCACACAUUGGAUCCAGGCGGUGGUUUAAGGGGACGACAACCACAAUCUUAUGUCAGAACUACAUAUCUCGAUUAAACCCUUUACCAACUUUCAUAUACCUACCUAUGUAAACGGUAGUUAUAUUGCGAGAUUCUACUAGGAAACGAACGAUAUCUGCAUGAUCAAAGAAAGUUUAUGGCUCACUACUUGCUUCAACAUUCACGGACAAUCCGUGUAAGCCGCACCUGGGGGCCAUUGACGAUUGACCAUUGGCAUAUCAUUGGAGGAGACCCUUCACCCAAGAGUCAACUCUAUGGUACUUGAGGGCUAAAGAAUUAGAUUGAUUGGAUCAUCAAACUAUUAGUCUUUCAAGAUGAAUAGCAAAACCUCGAAGCCGUCUGGCACGGCUGAAAAGGGAAGAAUGAGAGGGGAUGAUGGUAUUCCCUCCGAUGACUCAGACCUCGAUGAAAGUGCGGUUGAGAUGAGGCACCGUGCAAGAGGACAUGAUGCGCGUCAUCAUGCUGGCCCAGCGAACGGCCCUGCUAAUGGUUCAAAGCGUCGCCUCUCGGAAUGGGCCGAGUCUAGCGCUCGAAACGACGAAGAUUAUGAAGAGGGUGAAGAAUUCGAACAUUUAUUAGAUCCAAACCACCCCGACGAGCAUCUCGGUGGCGAGGAGGCCAUAGAACUUCGCAGGAUGGACUCUGAGAGCUUGCAAUCUUUCGACGACGAAACCUCAUCUAAAGCGGCUGAAGAGAAUUCACCAUAUGAAGAGGUUCGAGCUACGGUCCCCAAUUACGAUGAGGAUCUCCCGUGUAAUACUCUGCGAGCCUGGACAAUUGGCUUGAGUUUGGUGCUCCUCGGCGCUUCAACGAACACUUUGUUCUCCUUAAGACAGCCCUCAAUCGGCCUAGGAACUCUCAUCGCCCAGAUCAUCGCCUGGCCCCUCGGUCGCGGUUGGGAGAAAGCAAUGCCUAAUCGACAGAUUAAGAUCUUUGGUUUAAGAUGCCAUUUGAAUCCGGGGCCUUUCAACAUUAAGGAGCACUCGAUCAUCGUCGUCAUGGCUGGCGUCUCCUUUUCCGUAGCCUACGCUACCGAUAUCAUUCUCGCCCAACGUGUAUUCUAUAAGCAGGAUUUUGGCAUGAUAUUUCAACUUGUAUUGGUAGUUUCAACGCAGUCUUUGGGAUACGGGAUCGCAGGCAUGAUGCGAAAAUUCUUAGUUUACCCGGCCUCUAUGAUCUGGCCUGGUAACCUGGUUGCCGUCGCCCUGAUGAAUGCAAUGUAUGAAAAACACCAAGCUCCGGACCCGUCGAUUAUCGGCGGACGCAUGCCGAGAUAUAGAUGGUUUGGCAUCGUGACACUCGUUUCCGCCCUAUAUUAUUUCAUUCCCGGCUACGUCGUUCAAUGCUUAAGUAUCUUCGCCUUCGCAACCUGGAUGGCACCUCAAAACGUUGUGGUGAACCAAUUGUUCGGCGGCAAUACGGGCAUAUCCUUAUUGCCGAUUACCUUCGACUGGACGCAGAUCGCAGGAUACAUCGGGUCGCCUUUAAUCCCUCCAUGGAGCGCCAUUGCCAACACAACCAUCGGCGUCGUGCUGUUUUAUAUCAUACUCACUACAUUUUUCCAUUAUACAGGUGUAUGGUAUUCUCAAUUCUUGCCCAUGAGCGAUUCUUCCACGUACGAUAACACUGGUGCGACAUACGAUGUGAAGAAGAUAUUAACCCCUGAGUUCACUCUGGAUGAAGAAGCGUAUAAGGCAUAUUCGCCAGUUUUCAUUAGCACAACCUUCGCAUUAUCUUACGGCCUGUCGUUUGCGGCCAUUACCGCCUUAGUUGUUUAUACAUACAUCCAUCAUCGCAAGACCAUUUGGGCUCAAUAUAGGAAUAGCACUUCUGAAAAACCUGAUAUACAUAUGAAACUUAUGCAGAAAUACAAGGAGGCACCAUCGUCCUGGUACUUUAUUCUGUUCGCAAUUGUACUUGCUCUCGGCUUCUUUGCCGUCUUAGCGUACCCGACCAAUCUGACUUGGUGGGCUUUCUUGCUCGCCGUGGGCAUCUCCUUCGCAUUCUCCUUACCUAUUGGCAUCAUCCAGGCUGUCACAAACCAUCAGAUUGGCCUAAAUGUCUUGACUGAGUUCGUCUAUGGUUAUAUUCAGCCCGGUCGGCCACUUGCUCUUAUGCUAUUCAAAACGUAUGGAUAUAUCACGAUGUCGCAAGCUCUAAGCUUCGUCUCCGACCUCAAAUUUGGGCAUUAUAUGAAGAUACCUCCCCGAACUAUGUUCAUGGCUCAAGUUGUAGCUACGACAUUAUCGUGUUUUAUCCAAGUCGCUGUUCUCAACUUUGCUCUUAAGAACAUUGAUGGCGUCUGCGACUUAACACAGCCUCAGCGCUUUACAUGUCCUGGAGGUCGAGUAUUCUUCUCAGCUUCCGUGAUAUGGGGCCUCAUAGGGCCUUCCCGUGUCUUCUCCCCAGGGGAGAUCUACUCUGGACUCCUAAUCUUCUUUAUCAUCGGCGCUGUCGCUCCCAUAGCCAUUUGGUACGCGGCGAAACGAUGGCCCCACUCACCUGCUAAGCACCUUAUGGCGCCACUUAUAUUCGGCGGUCCGGCUUCCAUCCCGCCUGCUACACCGCUGAACUACCUGUCCUGGGGUCUCGUGGGCUAUGUGUUCCAGCACUUGGUGAAGAAACAUCAUUUCAGAUGGUGGAGCCGCCUGAAUUACCUCACCUCUGCUGGACUUGACCUAGGCCUCGCGCUGGGAACGCUGAUUAUAUUUUUCGUUUUCACCCUAAACGAGAUCGAGGCUCCGAGGUGGUGGGGCAAUGAUGUCGUUACGUCUACUUUGGAUUACCAGGGCAAGGCCAUCCAAGUCGUGGUCCCGCCAGGCGAGACCUUUGGGCCAAAGGUAUGGUGAAUGGGAAGUUCGACUACUGUCAUAUAGAAGCAGCGCGUGUAUAACUAGAGGUACUUAGACAUAUAUAUUGGACUAGAUAGAAUUUAAGUCUAAAAUCGGCUCUUGUAGAGCGGGGAACAUUUUCACGGGUGGUGUAAGGUACGGUGGAUUUGUAUGGGGAUAGGUAUGUGAAGACACUUGUUUAGUUUCUACCUAAUCAACAUUAU